CCUAGCGUGAGGUCAAGGGUCACAAACCCGGAAGUCUGCGGUGCACUGUUCCUGCCACCAACGCACCCUGUCCAUGCGUUUAAUGGUCGAACCAUGGCUUUAAAGGAGAAAACAUAACUUUGAAGCACUUCACAGGUGUGCAAAGUUUCGUGUGCAACUUCUUUGCCCUCGCUGCGAGGUUCGAAUCGACGCAUGGAAAGCCACGAGCGUCUCCUACAACUACCCCCAGCAGCCGUCCAGACGGUCACUUCGGCCUCGCGAUGGGCGGUCACUUGUGUCAUGCUGACCGAACUGUUCGAAAGGGCCGCCUUCUUCGGCAUCUCGGACAACCUGCAGAUAUUCUGCGAGUUAAAGUGUUUCCCGGACAAGUACCACGAUCCCCUCACGUUCACAUGGAUCUUCUCCGGGUUCGCCUACGCAAUGAACAUCUUCGGGGGGUGGCUGGCCGACACCGCGCUCAGAAGGUUCACAGCUAUCCUGUCCAGUCUUCUUAUUUACACCGCAGGUACCCUGUUCCUGGUCGGGUCGGCACAAGCGUGUGACAACACCAGUCGUGUAGAUAACACAGUCCCAGCUCUGUACGUCACCGGGCUGUGCCUCGUAGUCCUGGGAACGGCAGGCAGCCAGUCCAACCUGGGCCUGUAUGGUGCCGAGCAGUUCAGGGACACUGGAGACGAGAGCGAGCAGGAAAGAAAAGUCCAUCGAUACUUCCUUUGGUACUACUGGUGUAGAAACUUUGGCUCCGUCGUUGCUUACACAUUAGUGACGUACUUCCUGUACCAAACCGACCACCACGUCUACGGGUACGCCGCUAUCAGCGCCGCGGUGACAUUGGCCGCCAUUUUCUUUGCGACAGGAUACAAGCGUUACCGACAGGAGCCCCAGAAAGAACAACUGUUUAAGAUCUUGAUAGGGAUAGUUAGCAACCGAACCGACACCACCCAACCAAAUAGAAACGUCUCCAGCAAUAGGGAAGUGUCCUACAGCUCUUCAGUUGAUAACAGCACUCAGGACAGGGAUGUUCUGAGAUGGUUGGACAGGGCUAAACGUAGUAAAGGGGGAAGGUACCCGGAUGAGGAAGUUGACGACAUAAAACAGCUGCUAAGCAUCCUGGGUAUAUUUCUUACAAUGCUCGUGUACUUCACCCUUUACUGUCAGAUAUCAACAACAUACCGGAUUCAGAGCCGUUACCUUAGGCUCCCAGUGCUCGACAAAGACGACUUCUUCUUCUCGACCAUCAUCGUGUCUCUGAUUAACCCCGUCAGUAUCCUGCUGAUGGUACCGCUCAUGGACCUGGUGGUGUACCCCUGUCUCAGCAAGAUCGGCUGGCGCCCCACCUACCUACAGCGCAUAGGUGCUGGGAUGUUCCUGUCCAUGCUUUCUGUGACGGCAGCUGGUGUCCUGGAAGUGUAUCGCGGGGAGGUUCAUCAGCAUCACGUGCAUCCCCAGAACAUCAGCGGCCAGGUGUACAACGCCACGGACCUGUCCGUCUUCAUGCAGGUCCCACAGUUCUUCCUCAGCGGCGUCAGCGAAAUCAUGGCGGUCGUCACAGGGUUCCACUUCGCGUACACGCAGGCUCCCAGGAGAAUGAAGGGAACCGUGAUGGGGUUGUUCCUGUUGAUGUUCGGUCUCGGCAGCUACCUAAGCAUCGGGAUCUCAUCAGCUUUUAACAUCACAGUUGAAGGCAUAGACAGUCCCAGCGGCCUCAAUAUCAACCUGAACAACAGCCACGCCGAGAGGUUCCACUUCUUCCUGGCUGGACUCAUGUUUCUGGACAUGGGACUGUUCUGGCUAUUGGCCAGGCGGUACAAAUACAAGACCUACUUAACAAAAGCCAAAGAUUUUGAAAGAAGCACGAGCUGUAGCUCACCUAGAGACUAUGGUUCAACAAGUCAGAUAUUCAGUUCUAUACAGUAAUAAGAAGUGUUGCACUUGCAAUUCAUUUGCGAGACAUGUGCAUUCACUCAAUGUUUUGCAAUUUAUUCAUACCUAUAGAUAUCCAUACAUGUGUGUUUAGUUGUACUGUAAGUAGCUGUUAUACAUGUAGACCUUACGAAAGUCGCUGUACUUUUGUCGUGUCUUAAUAAAGAUUCAUAUAAUUCAUUCAGUGCAAUACUAUUUUCCUAGUGCCAAGUUCCAAAGGUAUAAGAUGAGGUUUCUAGAUUGUUGUGUGGGGUAACUGCAGGGUGUUUGGUCCAGAACGUUAACCAAAAGGUCACGGGUUCAAAUCCAGUCAUGCUCCAGAUCUUUACACGACUUUCUUCACCCAGGUGUUAAAAUGGGUGUCUGACUUCGGUUGGGGAGAUAAAUGCGGCGGGAAGAGAGGCUUAGGCUCCGACAUACUUGAUAACAAUCCACUGCCCCUAUGGUUUUGAAAAGAGGCUUUACCUGUACCUUUUUGUUAGAUACCCAUCUUCAUUAAAAAGCAAAUCGUCUCUGAAUUGUAAUGUUUUCAAUUGUAUAAUUUGCGCUAUUUCCUAUUGCUGGAAUAGUACCUAUCAUUACCUCCGUGAAAUGGAGGUGUUGCAGACACUUGUUUCCUUUGCUGUUUCCACAAUGUGUACAAUAUACACGUACCUAUGUGACAUGUAUACGUUAGGACUCAACGCUCUCGAUCCGUAUUCCCCUGUACGUAUUAGACGAUAAAAAAAAUAAAAAUGGAAAUCAAAAGCUUGAA